CCCAACUGCAUAGAAAAUCCCAAAGAGCGAGCCAUCUCCAAGUCUCCUUCUUGCCGGACAAGAAAUAUUCACAAACACCUUCGGUAGAGGUGAUGAGCAGCAAGCCAUGGAUGGCAGCAUGGCGUCCCAAUCCCAACCUUCAGGGUCUUUCUACACCCCACUGCUAAUCUCCCUGGCCGGCAUAGUCGCCACCUCUCUAGCAAUUGCCGCUUACCAUCUCAUUUUGGUGCGAUUUUGCUUAAGCCGGAGGCGACAACAUAGGCACUUGCAGCCGGAGAUGUUUACAGGGGUCGGCCAAAAAGUGCUCGAAAAAAUCCCAAUUCUCUCUUACUCGACCGGGAAAGAUUCAGGGGAGAUGUUUCGCGAGGAUCAAAGCGAAUGCGUGGUUUGCUUAGGAGAAUUAGAGGAAGGGGAAAUGGUAAGAUUGUUGCCUAAUUGUAAGCAUGCGUUUCAUGUCACGUGCAUUGACAAAUGGUUCUUGGCACAUGCGAAUUGUCCCAUUUGCCGAUCACCCGUGGCUGCCGCUGCACCGACAACGCUGGCAAAGCCAUUGGCUGUAGAAGUUGCUCAGAGUUUAACUCUGUUUCGUGAACAGGGAGGUGAUGGCGGUGCAGUUGAUUCAACUUCUCAGAGUGAGCGAUCAUUGAAGAGGUCCAUUUCCAUGGGUCAUGAGUCUUAUAUCAUUAAUAUUAACAUACAAGGAGAGCGAGAACAAGCAUUUUCAGCUUCUUCUUCUUCUUCUUCUUCUUCCUCUUCCUCUUCUUCAUGUUCGAUGAAAGAUGAUCCAAUGCAGAGCAGAUCGAAUAGGGUACGAUCUACGAGGCAGUUAGAUCGCAUGUCUUUAAGGUUAUUGAGGUCUUUCACGCAACUACGUUUGGGAAAGGGUGGUAGCUGUAAUGGGAUCCUUCCAUAUUGAGAUGGGUUUUGGAAGUUCAAUUAUCUUUGCUCUAGAUAUGCUAAUGAUGUUCAGUACUUUGUGUAGAGUACAUAGUCCCCGGCCAGGACACUGUCACACCGUCAGUGAUAUGAUCCGAACUCUAUCUGUGCCUUUUUUGCUGCCGUGGUUCUCCUUCAUGUGUUAUGCGGCAUAGGCUUCGCAGUGAAGUUUCAAGACGGGUUAAAGGACCGUUUGCGGUUCGUGCCCAUUAUCAUGCCUCUUGGAAGGGUUGAGGGACUGGUUGCGUUUUGUGCUGCUUCUCUUGCCUUGAACCGACAAUUAAGCCGGCCGUAUUUCUUGACAUCUGUGUCAAGAAUUUAUAGGGUCGUGUUAAUCAUUUGGCACAAUUCCUCAUUUUUUUUAAAUUCUUUCUUGCACUAAUAUGGUUGUAUUAGGGCUUUUGUGUUUCUUUUAUUGUAAAUUUCUCUCACCCUUUUCCCUGUUUGCUUAAAAAAAAAUGCAGAGGACUAAGUACAUAAGUUGGCAUUUUCU